ACGGCCUACAACAAAGGGCCCUAGAAACUAAAACAUUCCUGUACAGCAAUAACAUCGAUGUACUACUCGCCUCAGAAACACACCUCACAAUAAAAAGCUACAUAAAAAUACCGCACUACACCAUAUACGAAACCAAGCAUCCCUCAUGGAAAGCACACGGAGGGACGGCAGUAGUAAUAAAAAACGACAUUAAACAUCACCUACACAGCCAGGUCAGUAAGGAACAUAUACAAGCAACCACCGUUACUGUACAAACUAGCAGCAACUAUUUACAGUUGUCAGCAGUAUAUGUACCACUGCAACACAAAAUUACAUCACAAAUGUGGGAAAAGUACUUUCAACAUUUAGGUGACAAUAGUGUAGUAUCGUGGACGAAAGGCCUAAGAAAUAUCGGGCGAACUAUGAACAAUGUCGCGAGAGCCGAGGCGCCGUCGGGCCCAUCAAUGUGUCAUCGGUCUUUUCAAGUGCAUAUUUCGUGGAAAAGACCUACGUGACCCUGGCUACGAGCGUCUGCAGAACACGUGUGCGGUGGGCCUAGGAAAAAGGCAAUAGAAUGCGACAGCGGCCAGAGUGUGAGUCGAGAAACAGAGUGUGAGUCGAGGAGCCGAGUGCGAGUUGAGCGAAGACAGAGUUUGCGAGUGGCGUUGCCGAGAGAGUAUUGAUUGCGUUUUGGUAAAAGUCGAGUCGCUAUCUAGUUAUUUAGUUGCGCUGUUUUCUGUACGUUUGGCGUGAAUAGUUCAGGUUGAACAACAAUCGUCAUUUUCUGUCUGAUUAACAUCUCUAUUGUCCACUCCUUGUAAAUACAUUAUAUCACGAUAUUACAUAUUUUUGGGGGCUAGUCCGGGAUUGGACAAGACAGAAAACGAAACGGUUUAACAGAGCUAUUCGAGCUAGUUGUGAAUUUACCGGUACGCGGUGCGGUAAAAGACGAUAUCGUUGACUGUUUAAGUUUGUGUAGUGUGAAAAAUGGCAAACGUUGGGGACGAACGAUUGUCGGGUGAAGAGGGUUCGACGCUGGAGGAGCUGAGGAGUAAGCUCGCGCGAAUGAACCUCCCUAUAUCGGGUGCGAGGUCAGUGCUGAUUGCAAGGCUGAAUCGGGCGUGUAGGGCUGGACAAUCGUAUCCUAAGGGAUCGACGGGCGGUGAAGAGCUAAUCGGUCAACGAGAUUUAGGAAACGUACAGAGAGCUGAGCGUGAUUGUAACGAAGAUGAAGAUGUUGAGAAAAUGAAUACGAAGGAGUUGAAGGAGCGCCUCGCUAGUUUGGGUUUGAAAACGACGGGAAGAAAAGUAGAAUUACGCGCACGGCUACAAGCGGCCAUGGAUGGUAACGACAUAUCGUCGGAAGAAGAAAGCGACGACGAAAGUGAGGAUGAAGAUGACAAGAAAAACGCAAGAGGAUACAAGAGAGAUACGCGAAGGGUGUAUCAGGACCGUGAUGAAUAUUGUCGAAGGGCAUGUGUUGGUUCGACACUGAGUUUUAGAGACGUCGAAGAUGCAUUAGAGUCGUUUAGUGGCGACAAAGGUGAAAAUGUCGAACGAUGGUUCGAGUCGUUCGAGGAAGUCGCUGAUACGUGCAUGUGGUCGGAUGGGCAGAAGGCAGUCUACGCCAGGAAGCUGCUGAAGGGAUCAGCGAAAAUAUUUGCGAGCUUCGAGUGUCAUGCCAGGACUUGGCAUGAGUUGAAGAGGGGGCUAGUGAAAGAAUUUUCGAGGAAAGUCAACAGUAGGCAAGUACAUCAGAAACUUGAAGAAACAAAAAAGGAGAGUGAUGAAGCAUGUUUGGCUUACAUGUACCGCAUGCUCGAAAUAGCCAGCCAUGUGGACAAAGAGGAGGAAGCAAAGGUGGAAUACAUAGUGGAUGGAAUAAUAGACGACGAGAACAAUAAGGCUAUAUUGUACGGCGCUACGUCAAUCAAAGAGUUGAGGAAGAGGUUAGUGAUGUACGAAGAGCAGAAGAGUCGCAGAGCAAAGUCGAUUGUGAAGCCGGCUAAAACCCAGAAGAACGGGAAGCCCAGUCAAUCUGUAGAUGCAAUGAAGAAAAGAAGAUGCUUCAUUUGCGGUAGUGAGGAUUAUCUAAGUGUUAAGUGUCCGGAGAGGGGAGAAGGUGUUAGGUGUUCCGAGUGCAGCGGAUUUGGACAUAUUGCAGCGAGGUGUACGGCACGACCGAAAGAGAUUUGCGUAGUGUCAAGAUCCGAAAAGGGGAAGUAUGUGAAGGAAGUAAUCGCAGGAAUUAAGCUUCUAUUCUCUGAAAUUACUCUCAAAUCUCAGAGUCAACCCUUCAAAUUCUCCACACUGGAUCUUCGAUUCUUAAUAUUUGUAAUAUCGUAGAAUAGCUUUGAUUGGAGAUCGGCUGAAAUUAGAAAACACCGUGUACGUCGUCUUUCGUGGUUUGUUUACAUCCAAGAGCGCCUAGUAACAGUGACGCGAGAAAAGAUAAGCAGCGUCAAAACAGAAGUACGGUUCCACAUUUCAAGGAGUGGCAAUCGAGAGGCCAGAGUAUGUGAGCCGAAAAGUGUGCGUGUGUGUGUGUGUGAGAGGACGAGAGCAAGAGCGAGCACGACCGAGCAGGAGUGUAUUGGCGAAGAUCAGAGCUAAUUGAGUCGUCGAAGAGUAGAGUCGUUAGAGGUUUCGAGUCGUCGAAGAGUAGAGUCGUGAGAAUUGAUAGAGUUGUUAGAGAGAGAGAGAGAGUGUGUGUGUUAGAUUCGUUGUGACGAGAGUGAUCAAAUAACUGUAAAGUUAUUUGAUAUAGAUACGAGUAUUGCAUUUAGUUUCCGUUAAAUAAAUAUCGUUCUCUGUCCAAUUUAUAUUUGUAUAUUCAAUUUAAUAUUAAUAAAUUGUAAGUAAUCGGAAAAAAA